AUGAAAAAUCGGAAAAAUGAAUUAUUACUAUCCUUGUUUUAUCAAAAUAACAGAAAAAUAAAUAGCUGGAAAAAAUAUAUAACAACAAAAAUAAAUUAUAAAAAUAUAAAUAAUUUUAAGAUAUGGGAAUAUGAUAAUAGCAUAUUAAAAGUUGAUUUUUUUUGUAGUGAUAAUUUCAAGCUUUAUAAAGACAAAGAACUUUUACAAAAAAAUAGAAUAAGCACAUUUAAAAAUAUUCCUAAAUUUAAUAUAAAAUAUUUAUUUUUAUUUAUAGAAUUUACCAAAGAAUGUACUGACCAUUUUAUUAAUCAAAUCAAACCCAUAAAUAGUAUACACAUCCAAAUAUUAACGAAAUUAAAUUACUUACUUAUACUAAAAAAAUUUAUAAAAAAUGAUAAAACUCUGAAUAGAUAUUUUAUCUACCUUUUUAGGAAUAACUCUGAUUAUUUAAAAGAAAUAAUUAAUAAUAGUGUAGAAAAUUAUAAUAAUGUAUUAAAUAAAACAUAUCUUAAUAAUGCCACAAAUGGCUACCUCGAUGAGGAUAAACUUUUUCUUCAGCCUCCCCAAACCCUCGCUGAUUUUCCGGAUUAUGGGCACUCUUUAAAAUGUGGCGUCAAACAGGAUGAAAAUAAAAAUGAAAAUGAAAACGAUAACGAUAAUAAAAACGAUAAUGAAAACGAUAAUGAUAAUGACAAUAUUUUAGAAAACUACAAAUUGAAGAGUAUACUUGAAAAUAUGUACAACAAUAAAGCAGAAAAAUAUAAAAUAAUUAUUUAUAGCAAUGUUAAUAAUAAAUAUAUAAAACAUGUAUAUUUAAAUGAACUAGAGAAUAAUAUAAAUACGGAAAUAAAUUAUUUGUAUAUGUUUAAUAACAAGCUAUUGAACAAAAAUAUGUUAUUAUCUUUAUAUAAAUUUUAUAUAUAUUUCAAAGAUGAAAUAAAACAGAAAAAUGAAUUUUUAUUUUUUUUGGACAGACUUUGUGAAAAUAUAUUAAAUAACAUGAAUGUAGUAGAUAUUGCUUUUAUUUUUUACACACACAUUAAAUUAAAUUAUUAUAAUCAUUUGUUUUUGUUAAUAUUAAUUAAAAAAUUUAAAAAUAUUUUACAAAAAAUUGAAAUGAUUAAAAAUGGGCAAAAUGAAAUGAUUAAAAAGGGGCAAAAUGAAAAGAACCAAGAAUUGAUAGAGGAAUAUAUUAGUAAAAUAAAACCGUCGACUAAAUCAAUAAUACUUUUUUUUCAUUCUUUAACAGAUUAUUGUAUAUAUUUAAAUAAUAAUGAUAAUAUUAGACACAAUCGAGAAAAUUUAUCAUUUAUUAACGAAUUUAUAUAUACUACAUUUUAUGCAUAUUUACAAAAAAAUUAUUUUGAAAAUAAAAAUUUUUAUAAAUCACUUACGACUUUAGAUUUUAUAGGAUUAUAUUCUUCUUUGUUAAAAUUAAAUUUAAAAAAUAACAAUCAAACAUUAUUUUUUCUUAAAAAUAUAUUACUUGAUUUUUCAAUUAAUCAUAGUCUUAGAUUAAUAAUAAAUAAUUACAAUACAAUUAGUGAUAAAAAAUAUUUUGAGAAAAUAAAAGAAGCUCAAAAUGAUGAUACUAGUAAAAUUGUUUUCAAUUCCAAUAUACAAGAGUAUGCACUAUUUUUAAAUAAUGUUUCAAAAUUUUUUGUCAAAUUUAAUUAUACUAAAAAUGAAUACAAAAAAAUAAUAAAAUGUUUUACAACACUAUUUGAAACCGGUUUUAUAUUAAUAAUAAAGUUAUUUAUAAAUUCUAAUUUUUUUACACAUUUUAUUCAAGAAAAAAUCGAUAAGACAAAAAUAUCUUUUUUUGAUAUUAUUUAUUUUAAUUCACAAAAUAAAAACAAAAACAACAAUUUGAAUGACCAAAUAGAGAACAUAAGUUUGAAUUAUUCCAUAUUGAUUGAUUUGCUAAAAAUAAACAAAAGAAUAGAAAAUGUCAGAGAUUUUUUUAUUUUUAAUUCUGAUAAAAAUUACGAUCCAAAUUUAAGACAAAAACAUAAAAUCGAAAUAUAUAAUAAAAAAAUAGGACCUAAUUAUCCAUCUCCAUAUAAUAUUAAUAAUGUAGAGAAAAACAUAAAAUAUAUUGUUAAUAUAUUAAAUUCAAAUUAUAAAAUUCUUAAACAUAUUAUUACCAAUUAUAACAUAAAUGAAUAUAGUAAAUGUUUUAAUAAAAUUUUGUUAUAUAAUUUUGUGAAUAAACUUAUAAAUAACAAUAAAUAUAUAAAUUAUUAUUUACCUUAUAUAAAUAAAUUAAAUAAAUAUAUCAAUAACACACAUUUGAUAUAUAAUAAUAAUAAAACAAAUAUAAAUAAUUUGUUCAUUUCUAAUUACAUUUUCACUAUAUAUCUAUCUGAUCUUAUUAAUUUAUAUUUAAAAAAAAUAAAAGAAGAAUUGCAAAUAAAUAAAAUAAGUCAUGAUUAUAUUUGUAGACUUAUUAAUAAUUAUAAUGGUUUUUCACAAAUUGUAAGUAAUACAUUAGGAGCUAUACAAAAUUUAAAAAUCUUGAGAUUUGAUAUAUUUUCAAAUGUGGGGUUUUUAAUUAAAAAAAAUAUAUUCCCAUUAGAAUUUAUUCAUAUAGUAAAUAUUUUACAUUCCUAUUCUUCUUUUAAAAUACGAGAUGAAGAAUUAAUUAAAUAUUUAUUAAAUAAAAUGUAUUAUAAAAUAAAUUUAGAAAAAAAAAAAAAUAUUAAUAUUAUACAAGAUCAAAUUUUAAGUAACAUAAUAAUUGCUUUAUUAAAAUUAGACUAUUUUGAUAAACGAUUUAGUAAUAUCAUUUUUGAAAAUUAUAAAAAUAUUAAAUCUAUACAAUCUUUAAUAAAUAUUACUUUUUAUAUAUGUUAUUAUAAUUUAAUUGAUAGAUUUUUAAAAGAAAAACAUAUAAAUUAUUUCUUUCAGCAAAUAAAUAUAUUUGAUAUAAACAACUUAACUGUAGAAAAUAAGACACAAUUGAAAUUAAUAUCAUAUUUAAUAUUACAUGUUCAUAAUUAUAUUUAUUGUAAUCAAAAAAAUAAAAUAAACAUAAUUCCCAAAAUACAUAUUUUUUCCACAAUAUCACCCAAUUUUAACAUUUUAAAAAAAUACACUGAGGAAAUAGAAUGCAAAUUAUUGGAAAAUAAAAUUAAAAAUUCAAAAGAUUUAUCAUAUUUUAUUUAUGCUCUUAAUAAACUGUACAAUUAUAUUACAAUUUUUAAAAAUGUGAAAAAAUUCUUAAAUUGUCGUAGUAAUAAUAUACUUGAUAAAUGUUUUACCAAGCAUAGAAAUAAAAAAAAAAAAAAAAAAAUAUGCACACAUUCUUUUAUUAAGUAUAACAACAUUAUGGACAAUAACUUAUUAUACAGAAAAUUAAUAAAAAAAUAUCAAGGAAUAAAACUUUUUAAUAAAUUAGAAAAUAAUUCAAAUUCUUAUAUAAAUAAUGUGUCAUUUUAUGACAUACAUAAUAAUAUAAAUGAUGUUAAUAAAAACGAAAACUUUAUUUUAAAAAUUAUGAACGUUAAUAAUUAUUCCAUUGAUAUAUUUAAAAUUUUGAAUUAUAAAUAUAUUAGUAUAAGUAAUGAAUAUAUAAACAUGCUAGAUAUGAAAAAUUAUUUUGAUCUUCAUUUUAUUGCAACAUUUCCUUUCUCACAAACACACAUAAAUACAACAUCCGAUCUACAUAAUGAAAUUUAUAACAUAAUAGUUUCGUUGAAAAUUAAACGAAAAGUCAUAAAAGAACUUCCACAUUAUCCAUAUUAUGUUGAUAUAGUUAUUGUAUAG